ACAAGAAAAAAAAAAACUAAACUCCCUAUUCACACUUCAAAAUUCUUUCUUUUCUAGAAUAUCACAAAAUUUCAACAUAUUUUCCUCUUAUCAUACUAUUUCUUACAAUCAAUUUUUAUUAUUCGACAUGUCAACUAUAGUCUAUCAAGAUUAUCAGUCAUAUUCUGACUCGAAUAUCAUUGAAACAACCACGCUCAAGCUCAAAGUACCAACUCCAAUUACAAUAGUAGAAAAUAUCAAUACUAGUAACCAAAAAUGCUGGAGUUCCAUUCAAAAUCUCUCAUCCAUGAAUUACUCGAAUGGAAUGGAGAAAUCUUACAUACACAGGCUUAAUGAACAUAGCCUUGCAUUGUGCACUGAAAAUUUGGGAAGCGAAACAGGAACUGAUCAAAACAUUGACAAUAACAACUUUUCAUUAUCAUCGCGAGAGUUGAAAACAGAGCAAUCAAAUUACAGUAAGGUAAUUAUGAGUUAUAAAAAUACUCAAACCUCUCGAAAACUUCCACCUCCUUUAACGACGUUAAGAGGAUCGAAUUCUCUUCAAUGUCGAACAUACAGAGAAGGGGGUAGAUUAGUCAUUAAGGCAAUUGAGGCCCCGAAAAUGCGUACGUAUUUUCAUGCUGAAAGAAGUAAUGGCAGACUUACGCUCUGUUUUCUGAAUGAUGAAAACUCUGUUUCAACGAUCGAUGAAGAAGACGGAGAAUUGGAAGAUGAAAAUGACGUAUUUGAACGUGAAAUUAACGACGAGGAAGAGGAAGAAGAAAAUGGCAUGUAUAUGAAAAGGGACAUGAAUGGAAAUAGUUAUGAUGUUGAGGGUGAAAUUGGAAUAGUGAAUUGUCAAAGGGUAAGUAGGUGCAAAGAAGGAAGGCAAGGGAAAAAGACAUUUUGUGAUUGGAGAAACCCUUUAUGGGUGGCUACUUCUUAAAGUUUUUUGUCUUUGGAACACAUUAUUUUCUAAUUUUUUUUAAUAAAAAAAUCCAUCAAUUUUUUGUUUUUGAA